ACACGCCCUCGCGUUUCAAACGCAGUGACUUAUUCCAUUUUGUGUGAUUCCGGUCAGUACGUCCAUUGUAAGAAAAUGACUAACCAGCUUUGUAAACUGUUCGUUGGCGGCCUAAAUGUCCAAACAACCGACGAAGGCUUGCGGAGACACUUUGAACAGUAUGGACAGCUAACAGACUGCGUGGUGGUAAUGAAUCAGCCACUGCAGCGCUCCCGUUGCUUCGGCUUUGUAACGUACUCGAGCACUGAGGAAGCGGACGCCGCCAUGUCUGGAAGGCCACAUGUCGUAGACGGCAACACCGUGGAUCUGAAGAGAGCGGUGGCCCGAGAGGACGCCGGUAGACCAGAAGCCCUGGCCAAAGUCAAGAAAAUAUUUAUUGGGGGUUUGAAAGACGACAUCGAGGACGAACACCUCAGCGAAUAUUUCUGCCAGUUCGGCGCCAUCGAGAAGGCUCAGGUGAUCACCGACAAAGACACCGGGAAGAAACGUGGUUUCGGCUUUGUUUACUUCGAGGACAACGACUCGGCCGAUAAAGCCGUCGUGAUGAAGUUCCACACUGUCAGUGGACACAAGGUGGAGGUGAAGAAGGCCCUCACCAAGCAGGAGAUGCAAGGGGCCGGUGGUCGCGGCGGCCGGGGAAUGGGCCGACCUCAAGGCGGCUACGGCGGCGGAAGAGGUGGUUACUAUGGCGAUUAUCAGAAUGGUGGUUACGGUAACAGCAGCAACAAUGAAAGCCAAGGGGGCUACGGGGGUUACGGAGGAGGCUACACCGAUCAGACGAGCGGCGGGUACGGCGGCGGGAAUGGCUACAGUGACUUCGGUGAGGGUUAUGGACAGCAGCCGUCAACUUACGGUGCCAUGAAAGGGGCAUAUGGCGGCAGGAGCGCUGCGCCAUACACACGUGGUGGUAGUGGUGGAGGAGGAGGAGGAUAUGGAAGGGGAGGUUAUGGCGCAUAUUAGAAGCACCAAUGUGACUGUCUUUUUUUUUUUAAACACUUACGACUGGACUUUCAAAAAUGAGUUGUUUGAUCUGGGAAUUGUUAGUUUGGUUUAUAUUGAGUAACUGUGAGCUGUAUUAUUGGGGAACCUCUACCCCCCCCCCCCCCCCCCCGCAUUGCCAUGAUGUCGCUUUCCGGUGCCAUUAGCAGCACCAGUAGAUACCGGAGUCUUGUUUCACUUUUGUGUUUUGUUUUUAAUUUUGUUUAGGUUUAAAGUGGUCACGUUUACCCAGGUCAGGCCGAUCUGUUCUUGGUUUACUGAAUGUAAGACCAUCGUUUAGUGAGAUGAAACUCAGGGGUUAUAACGAAAUUUAAGCAGCUCAUAGUUUUUAUUUUUAUGUCCUCUUUGACCUGUAUAAUUUUAUGUAACAAUGUGUUUUGUUUUAACGCUAUUACACAGUUCAUAUUGUAUAAACUGUUUUUAGUAUUUUAUUUGAUCAAACAGUGACCAUGUUGUAAACCUUUAACCAUUAAAACGACUUUCUUAAA